GGAACAUGACAGCGGUGCAUGGUGGUUCUGGCGUCCGAUAUAUCGCCCGGAAACUUGUGUUUCCGGUCAACUACGAGGAGGAGGUUUCGCAGAGGCUCUGCGAUGCUUUGCACGGAGAUGAUUCGAAGCUGGCGUCUGAGUGUUUAGCUGAUCCUUUUGUGGACGUCAACUUUGUCGGAACGGUGAACUUGAAGUCUAAGACGACCGAGAUUUCGUUGCACGAUGAGGCUGCCAGCGAAGUUCUCGUCGAAUAUGAGGAGUUUAAGACUGAAGUUACUCCCCUCUUCCUUGCUGCUCAUGCCGGGAACAUGUUUCUCGUUAAGAAGUUGCUGAGUUUAGGAGCUAACGUGAAUCACAAGCUAUUUCGAGGUUAUGCUACCGCAGCGACAGUCAGGGAAGGCCAUCUGGAGAUACUCGAGGUGCUCAUCGACAGUGGUGCGUGUCAAGAGGCGUGCGAGGAGGCAUUGCUGGAGUCAAGCUACCUCGGGUAUGCCAAACUCGUCGAGCGGCUAAUGGCAACCGAUAUGAUCCGCCCGCAGGCUGCCUUACGAGCUCUCGUAUCCGCCUGCUGCAGGGGAUUUGUUUAUUUUGUUGACAUGCUUAUCAAGUGCGGAGUAGAUGCCAAUGCAACUAAUCGGGUGCUUCUUCGAUCUUCCAAGCCUUCUCUAUAUGCGAAUAUCGACUGUAAUGCGCUAUCUGCUGCCGUUGUUUGUAGGCAGACCUCUGUUGUUAGAUCACUUUUUCAGUUCGGCAUCAAGACAGACGUAAAGGUGAAAGUUGGAGCUUGGUCUUGGGAUAUCGAUACGGGCGAGGAAAUUAGAGUCGGUGCCGGACUAGCUGAUGCUUACCCCAUCACCUGGUGUGCUGUGGAAUACUUUGAAGUCAGCGGUUUAAUCUUGCGGUCCCUACUUCAACGCCUCUCCCCGAACAACCUUCACUGUGGCAGGACCCUCAUCCACCAUGCCAUCUUAUGUAACAAUGCUUUAGCUGUUGAAGUGCUUCUGGAUUGCGGUGCUGAUGUAGAAAUUCCAGUCGAGACAACUUCGAAAACGGAGUUACGCCCUGUGCAUUUGGCUGCGAAACUAGGAUUUGCUGAUGUUCUUCAAUGCCUGAUUGUGUCCGGAUGUGAUAUCGAUUCCCGAACAGCUUUUGGAGAUUCCGCACUUAUGAUUUGUGCUAGAUACAAACGUGGGGACUGCCUUAAAGUAUUGGCCUCAGCUGGAGCUGACUUUGGAUUGUUAAACUCCGCUGGCCAAAGUGCAAGUUCCAUUGCAGGGUUAACCAAAUGGAAUCAUGGCUUCCAACAAGCAGUUGUGGAUGUGAUUCUAGCAGGGAAAAAGCCUCGAUCGAGCAAUCCCUCCGUAUUUUCUCCAUUAAUGUUCAGUAUUCAAGCAAACGAGAUCGAGGCUUUAAAGAAACUCCUUGAACGGACCGAUAUCGACCUUAACGAACAAGACGAUGAUGGAAAUUCAGCUAUGAUGAUGGCUGCAUCAGGAGUCCAUUUGGAAGCCUUCGAAUUACUUCUUCGUGCUGGUGCUAAUAUAAAGUUGUCGAAUAAAUACGGCGACACCGCCAUCAGCUUAUUAGAGGUAAACCAGAACGGUGAUGUAUUUGACCAGUUGAUGCUGGAGUAUGCACUUGAAGAGGUACAUGGUCCGAUCGGGUUUUACGCUCUACAUCGUGCGGCGAAGCGAGGAGACUUGAAUUUGGUUCAGGUAUUAGUUAACAGAGGAUGUGAUGUUAAUGCAUUUGAUGCUGAUGGAUACACCCCAUUAAUGCUAUCAGCCAGAGGAGGCCAUGGUGUAUUAUGUGAAUUUCUUAUAUCCAGUGGUGCAAAAUGCGACAUAGAAAACGCGAGGCACGAAACAGCUCUUUCGCUCGCGAGGAAAAAAGGGUGCGGAAACGAUGCGGAGAAUGUCGUGCUUAACGAGCUUGCUCGAGCCCUGGUUGUCGACGGGAGCCGGGUGAAGAAGCACACUAGGUGUGGUAAAGGAUCACCCCACAGCAAAGAACUGAAAAUGAUGCAGAGCAGUGGCAUUCUGCGGUGGGGCAAAUCAAGAAGGAGAAACGUGGUGUGCAAGGCAGCCGAGGUCGGUCCAAGCGACAAAUUCCGGUGGAACCGGAGGAGGAAGCUCGACGUGGAAGAACCGGGGAUGUUCCAUGUAGUGACUACGAGGAACAAGGAGGUACAUUUCGUGUGUGAUGGUGGGGUUGAAAUGGCCCAAUUGUGGGUCAGAGGGAUUCGGCUUUUGACGAAGGAAGCCAUUUUUGGCGAACACAAAUAA